ACAUCACACAGAAGGGGUAUGAGAAGAAGAGAGCAAAGCUGCUGGCUCCAUAUGUUCCACAAACCCAAGGGGUUGAUCCAGCACUACAGAAGGAAUCCAGACCUCAGAUGCCAGUUCCAUCUGCAGCUCCAGCCUCAGCAGCAUCAUCCUCCUCAUCCUCAUCCAAAUUCCACCGAGCUCGCUCAGGGGGAGCCAGGGAUGAACGUUAUCGAUCUGAUAUCCACACGGAGGCGGUCCAGGCGGCGCUGGCCAAGCACAAGGAGCAGAAGAUGGCCCUGCCCAUGCCCACCAAGCGCCGCUCUACCUUCGUCCAGUCCCCAGCAGAUGCCUGCACUCCCCCAGACACGUCUUCCGCCUCCGAGGACGAGGGCUCGCUCAGGCGCCAAGCUGCUCUCUCUGCUGCAUUGCACCAGAGCUUACAGAAUGCUGAGUCUUGGAUCAACCGAUCUGUUCAGGGGUCAUCCACAUCCUCAUCAGCAUCCUCUACACUUUCCCAUGGAGAAGGCAAAGGGACCAGUGGGUCACUAGCUGAUGUAUUUGCCAAUACUCGAAUAGAAAGUUUCUCAGUCCCUCCAGAUGUCACAGCAACUACCUCCACCCCCUCAGCGCGGCCGGCAGCCGUCGACCUCCCUCCCUCUGGGAUUGUGAAGGGGAUGCACAAGGGAUCCAACCGCUCCAGUCUGAUGGACACUGCAGAUGGUGUUCCUGUGAGCAGCAGAGUCUCCACAAAAAUUCAGCAGUUGCUGAACACCCUGAAAAGACCUAAAAGACCACCCCUGAAAGAAUUCUUUGUGGAUGAUUUUGAAGAAAUUGUGGAAGUUCCCCAGCCCGACCCCAACCAGCCCAAGCCCGAGGGCCGGCAGAUGACGCCGGUGAAGGGGGAGCCCCUGGGGGUGGUCUGUAACUGGCCUCCUGCCCUGGAGGCAGCCCUGCAGCGCUGGGGCACCACUCAGGCCAAGUGUCCCUGUCUGACGGCGCUGGACGUGACAGGAAAGCCGGUUUAUACCCUCACGUACGGCAAACUGUGGAGCAGAAGUCUCAAGCUGGCCUACACCCUGCUGAAUAAACUGGGGACCAAAAACGAGCCUGUGUUAAAGCCUGGAGACAGGGUAGCCCUUGUGUAUCCCAACAACGACCCCGUGAUGUUCAUGGUGGCAUUUUAUGGCUGUCUCCUGGCUGAAGUGAUCCCAGUGCCUAUAGAGGAUGCUGGUGGGCAGCAGAUUGGUUUCCUGCUGGGGAGCUGUGGGAUUGCUCUGGCCCUCACCACUGAAGUGUGUCUGAAAGGGCUCCCAAAAACCCAGAAUGGAGAAAUCGUGCAGUUUAAAGGUUGGCCCAGACUCAAAUGGGUUGUGACAGAUUCAAAAUAUCUCUCCAAAUCUCCCAAGGACUGGCAGCCCAACAUCUCAGCUGCAGGAACUGAGCCAGCAUAUAUUGAGUACAAGACCAGCAAGGAGGGCAGUGUCAUGGGUGUCACCGUGUCCCGUGUGGCCAUGCUGGCUCACUGCCAAGCCUUGUCUCAGGCCUGCAACUACUCUGAAGGUGAAACCAUAGUGAAUGUGCUGGAUUUUAAGAAGGAUGCAGGGCUGUGGCAUGGCAUUCUAACGAAUGUAAUGAACAAGCUGCACACCAUCAGCGUGCCCUAUUCUGUGAUGAAAACCUGUCCUCUCUCGUGGGUGCAGAGGGUUCACGCCCACAAAGCAAAAGUUGCUCUGGUGAAGUGUCGAGACUUGCACUGGGCCAUGAUGGCCCAUCGGGACCAAAGAGACGUGAGCCUGAGCUCCCUGCGGAUGCUGAUCGUCACCGACGGCGCCAACCCCUGGUCUGUUUCCUCCUGUGAUGCCUUCCUGAGCUUGUUCCAGAGCCAUGGGCUCAAACCAGAGGCGAUUUGUCCCUGUGCCACCUCCCCCGAAGCGAUGACCGUCGCGAUCCGGAGGCCUGGAGUCCCCGGGGCCCCUUUGCCAGGCAGAGCCAUCCUGUCCAUGAACGGGCUGAGUUUCGGUGUGAUUCGGGUCAACACUGAAGAUAAAAACUCUGCUCUCACUGUCCAGGACGUUGGGCACGUGAUGCCAGGAGGCAUGAUGUGUAUAGUGAAACCAGAUGGGCCACCCCAGCUCUGUAAAACCGAUGAGAUUGGUGAAAUCUGUGUGAGCUCCAGAGCAGGAGGAAUGAUGUACUAUGGGCUGGCAGGGGUGACAAAGAACACUUUCGAGGUGAUCCCUGUGAACUCCUCUGGCUCUCCAGUGGGGGAAGUGCCCUUCGUGCGCUCCGGCUUGCUAGGCUUUGUUGGACCUGGCAGUUUGGUGUUUGUGGUUGGGAAAAUGGACGGGUUGCUGACGGUGAGCGGGAGAAGGCACAACGCCGAUGACAUCGUGGCCACCGGGCUGGCCGUGGAGUCAAUAAAAACAGUUUACAGAGGCAGGAUUGCCGUGUUCUCCGUGUCGGUGUUCUACGACGAGAGGAUCGUGGUGGUGGCAGAGCAGAGGCCAGACGCGUCUGAGGAGGACAGUUUCCAGUGGAUGAGUCGGGUGCUGCAGGCAAUUGACAGCAUUCACCAAGUGGGUGUUUACUGCCUUGCUCUCGUGCCAGCCAACACAUUGCCAAAAACUCCGCUGGGAGGGAUCCACAUCUCCCAAACCAAACAGCACUUUCUGGAGGGCUCUCUGCACCCCUGCAACAUCCUCAUGUGCCCACACACUUGUGUGACCAACUUGCCAAAGCCCAGGCAGAAACAGCCAGGUGUGGGCCCUGCCUCUGUGAUGGUGGGGAACCUGGUUGCUGGGAAGAGAAUCGCUCAGGCCUCUGGGAGAGAUCUGGGUCAAAUAGAAGACAAUGAUUUAGUUAAAAAGCACCAGUUCCUGACAGAAGUGUUGCAGUGGAGAGCUCAAGCGACUCCUGACCACCCACUCUUCCUUUUACUGAAUGCCAAGGGAACCACUGUGUGCACGGCCACCUGCCUUCAGCUGCACAAAAAGGCUGAGAGAAUCGCAUCAGUGCUGUGUGACAAAGGCCAUCUCAAUGCAGGAGACAACGUGGUGCUUCUUUAUCCUCCUGGCAUUGAGCUCAUCACAGCCUUCUACGGCUGCCUGUACUCGGGCUGUGUCCCUGUCACCGUGCGCCCGCCCCACGCCCAGAGCCUGGUGGCAACACUGCCCACAGUGAGGAUGAUCGUGGAGGUCAGCAAAGCCGCCUGCAUCCUCACAACCCAGACCUUGAUGAGGCUGCUCAAGUCCAGAGAGGCAGCUGGGGCUGUAGAUGUGAAAACCUGGCCAACCAUCAUCGACACGGAUGACUUGCCCAGGAAGAGGCUGGCUCAGAUCUAUAAGCCACCCACACCCGAAAUGUUGGCAUAUCUAGAUUUUAGUGUUUCCACCACAGGCAUGCUCACAGGAGUAAAGAUGUCCCACGCUGCUGUCAGUGGCCUGUGCAGGGCCAUCAAGCUGCAGUGCGAGCUCUACUCCUCCCGGCAGAUUGCCAUUUGUCUGGACCCCUACUGCGGCCUGGGAUUUGUGCUCUGGUGCCUUUGCAGUGUGUAUUCUGGACAUCAGUCAAUUUUAAUUCCUCCUAUGGAGCUGGAAUCCAAUCUUUUUCUCUGGUUAUCUACUGUCAGCCAGUAUAAAAUAAGGGACACUUUCUGUUCCUAUUCAGUCAUGGAACUGUGUACAAAGGGACUUGGAAACCAAGUUGAAAUGUUAAAGGCCCGAGGCAUUAACCUGUCCUGUGUCCGGACCUGCGUGGUGGUGGCGGAGGAGCGGCCGCGCGUUUCCCUCACCCAUUCCUUCUCCAAACUCUUCAAGGACAUCGGGCUCUCCUCCCGAGCCGUCAGCACCACCUUUGGCUCACGGGUCAACGUGGCCAUCUGCUUACAGGGAACAUCGGGGCCAGAUCCCACCACGGUGUAUGUAGACCUGAAAUCCUUGAGACAUGACAGAGUCCGUCUGGUGGAACGAGGAGCUCCGCAGAGCCUGCUGCUCUCUGAGUCUGGAAAGAUUCUGCCUGGAGUCAAAGUGGUCAUUGUCAACCCAGAGACAAAAGGGCCUCUGGGAGAUUCUCACCUUGGGGAGAUUUGGGUGAACAGCCCCCACACGGCCAGUGGCUACUACACCAUCUACGACAACGAGACCCUGCAGGCCGACCACUUCAACACCCGCCUGAGCUUCGGCGACGCGGCGCAGACGCUCUGGGCCCGCACCGGCUACCUGGGCUUCGUGCGGCGCACCGAGCUGACGGCGGCCAGCGGAGAGCGCCACGAUGCCCUGUACGUUGUGGGAGCCCUGGAUGAGACCCUGGAGCUGCGGGGGCUGCGGUACCACCCCAUCGACAUCGAGACCUCGGUGUCCCGGACCCACAGGAGCAUUGCUGAAUGUGCUGUGUUCACCUGGACCAACCUGCUGGUGGUGGUGGUGGAGCUGUGUGGCUGCGAGCAGGAGGCUCUGGAUUUGGUUCCUCUGGUCACCAACGUGGUCCUGGAGGAGCAUUACCUGAUUGUGGGGGUGGUGGUGGUGGUGGACCCUGGAGUCAUCCCCAUCAAUUCCCGAGGCGAGAAGCAGCGGAUGCACCUCCGGGACAGUUUCCUGGCGGAUCAGCUGGACCCCAUCUACGUGGCCUACAACAUGUGAGGGGAGCAGAGUGAUCAGGGUGCUUGUGCAAGAGAAGCUGGUGAAAAUUACUAAUACUUGAGCUAAAGUUUGAGGUUGCUGCCACAUUCCCUCCCUCCUGUCCUGGGGGUUUCGGUCCUGCUGGGGUGAAGGAAAUGGGGGAAGCAACAGCAAACGUUUGUAACAGUUUACUGAACCAUGAGCUUUAGAGAACUGCAAAGGGGGAAAGUGUGUGAGCUACCCAAUUCCCAAGGCCUUUACAGUAGUGUUACUUUUUCACCCGUUGUACAUAUUUGUAUUUUUAUCUAAUCCCGGGUUAGGAUUCUAUAAGGGGUGGGUUUAUUUAGUUAAGAUAAUAAACUAUUAAGAAAAAGGGUCAUCAGAGCUCUGCAGUUCCCUACUCCAUGAUCUCAUUUGUAUCUGGAGCUGUUCAUCCCACGGGAUCACACAACUUAUUGACAAUUGUGCCAUGACCAAAUCAAUAACUUACAGAAUCAGAGUUACUUAUUCAUAUAGAGAUUUCUGGAAUUUAAAAAGAAUUUUUGCCUAUAUUUUAAAUAUGUAAAUAUUAUUAUACAUAAUUCACUUAGAUAGCAAAUUAACUUGGCUAGUGAGGACAGCUGAAGGUUGAUGUUUUUAAGGACAGGUGACUUUUGUGGUCCUCAGCAUCCUGGCAUUGGCUUAGACUCAAUGUGAGAUGCUCCCAUCUUCCCCAGGUUUCUGAUUUCAUUUGUGUCUUUAUUCUGGCCAGAGCCCUUUGGUUUUGAGGCACAUCUUUCUCCAGGAGGCUGAAUUCAGCAUGGAAUUGGGGAGAAAUGGCAGGGCAAGGAAGGAGCUGAGGGACAGCCUCAUCCUGUGGCUCCAGGUGUGGAAAGGAAAUCCCAGUGAAUUCCCUGCUUUUGCCAUUCCUCUGGGAUUCCUUCAGCUCCCUGAACUGCUGUGAAGAGGUUUUAGUGGAAACUGGGAGCAACCAAAAAAUGCUCUCCUCAAAGCAUUCCCUGAAAGAAUUCCAGGGUUAAGUCAAGACACAAUUUUUCUUUUACUGGAGGAUCCAGUAAUUCUGGCAAACACAUUUUUAAAUAACAUUGUGAAAACUCCUAUGCCAGCCUGUGUCAGCUCCAGCGUUAGGGAAUGGGAAGAAAGAGAACCUGAAAGCAGCAGGUCCAAGCUCUUCCUGCUACGAAGCAGGGCUGGGAGUGAGCUGAUGGUUGAGCUUUGACUCAAAAUUAUCUUUUUUUUUUUUUUAAUUCUUCAUCUUUUAACAGCAAUUACACUUCUCUGGGUGCUACUGUAUGAUUUUGGAAGCCUUGGGAGCUGCUACCAGAUCCUGCAACAGGGUUUUUUGUUUUGUUUUUUUUUUGAGUCAGAUGUGGAAUACAGUGUAAAUAAACUUUUCAAAUGUUCCAGAUUACCUCACGUGAAGUUUUUAGGCAGUUUUUAAAAGGUUGAUGGUGUGGACUUGGAAUAUCCUGUGGCAGUUACUGGAACAGAGUCCAGUGGAUCCACGAGCAAACCCCAGCUGUGUCCUUGAACAGCUCCUGCUGCAUCCUCGUGGCUCCUCACAAAGCAGGAGCUUUAAAACUCAGAAGUUUCAAAUGGUAUUUUUGAAAAAUAUUUGGUGGGGGAAUAGGAACUGGAAGUUUUGUGGCAGGUCUGGACUUAAGGUUCUUUGCAAACACUUUGGGUUUCAGGGGCACGUUUGGGAACCUUGUCUGUGUUUUCCACAGUAUCAGCCAACACUGCAGAACAUGCAUAAAACCUUCAGUAUAUUUAGUUUUAACAAAUUGAACACAAAGUGGGGACCGUGGCAGGUCAAAGACUAAACCAGUUGGUCCUGCAGCUAAUUUUGGGUGUAAAGUGCAUUUUCAGCCAGAAAAUUCCUGGUUUUCUGUGUUUUGUCACUGUUUUUGUGUUUCCUGCACAGCCCAGGCCUGGCCAAGCAGCUUCACUCCAGUGUGACCUUUCCAGGGAAAACUGGUGGUCUUGAACCUUUUCCUUUACUCAAGCCUUUAGAUAAAUUGUCUCAACAAACAUUUUUUUGUCCACUGAAGUAGAUUUUAAGUCCAAUUCCAGGAUUGUCUUUUAUUUUUAUUCAUGAUUUUUCACAAAUAAAACAACAUGUGAAUGAAUUCCAUCAAAUGUGGCAGGUGAAAUUCCUGAAAUGGCGUUUUUGAUUGUGACUGGAUUGAUCUUUUGGUUUUUUUCCCCCUUAUUUUUUGGUUUGGAUAGGUACUGAUAGCUUCCUAUGGUUUGAGUUUUUUAUCUUGCAGGUUCCCUGUGUGCUCCAAAUCUUCCAGCACAUUCUGUUUCUGUGUGCUGGAGAAGUGCAGGACACAGCCCAUGGGAUGAGAGAAAGUUCCAGGGACGCUGCUCAGUUUGGCUUCCCUGAAUUCCCUGAGUGCUUUGAGAAUUUUCUAUAAAUCCAGGAAGGACAGAGCUGGGGCUCUGGAAUCCCCAAAAUUCCAGCUCUGUUCAGGAUUUGAGCCUUCCCCAGGUCAUUCCUCUCUAGCUGGGGAUGAUCUUUCCAUAUUUUUGGGGAACAAAGCAAAAUCCUUCACUCCAGACAUUGGCAGGUGAGCAGGGCUGGGUGUUUUGGUGUUUUUCCCAAAAAACAGCCUCUCCCUCCAGUGUGACUGCAGCUGCUGGGGUUGCACAGGGCACAUUAUUCCCUUUUUUUUGCCCUUGGGUUCCAGCUUAACUGCAGUGAAAGUGAAAAACUGGGAAUUCUUCCCACUGGACUGAAGUGUAUUGUGUGUGUCUCACUGUUGCUGAAUCUUCUCUGAGCAAAUGCUGUGGGAACGGGGCAGGUUUGUCCUUUUUUGUUAGAAUUUGCACUUCAUUUCUGGUUUAAAUCAAGUCAGCUGUGUCCUACUAACUGUCCUAAAAUAAUGUUAUAAAAACCAGAUCAAUUUUAGCCCUAGAUGCUUUUUUUUUUUUUUUUUUGCUUUUAUUUCUGUCAACCUCUUUCCCAUUGUCCAAUCCAGACUCUGGCAUUCUGUAAUUAUGUAUAAAGGUUUUAUUUAUUUAAAGUUAGAUUAGCUACAUUUUUAAAUUUAACACCUGGCUGGACAGUGUCCCAUUAACGCAUUGAUUGUGUUUCCUUUGUCUUGUGUUAAUAAAUAUUGAUGCCUG